AUGCACAGCAGUGACAGGGAAGAGACCAGGACGCUAGUCCUCCUGUGUUCCUUGCACCGGGGGCGUCCAACACCAAGGCUGCCCCACUCUGAAGUGCGCCCAGAAAGGCAGUCAGAAGCCGCCCAGGACCUCACCAAGCCCCCGAGCAACGCUUUCUGGAGCCCAGCAAGGGUCACUCUAGGACUGCAGCCAGCUGCAGACGACAGCUUCGCCGGGAUGGGGUCUGUGUUACAGCUGAAGAACAAGUCUGCACCAGCUGAGACAAGGGAAGAAAAUAAAUGCAACUUUCCAAAGAAAACUCUGACGCGGGAGAAGGCCACCGGAGAGAGCGGCCGGUGCGCCCGCCGUCGGCCAGACCCGGGGCUCCGGGGAGGGGCCUCUCUCCGCCCGCCCCGCCGCCCGGCCGGCCGGGGACGCGGGGGACCGGCGCUGGCUCCAGCCCGGCCCGCCUCCGCGAGAGAGAAAGCGCGGCUCCGCGGGGGCCCCCGCAGCCCGCCCGCGGCAGGUCGAGGGGCGCGCCCGCGGAGCCUGCAGCCCGUCACACCCCCCCGGGACUCGCGGGGCCAGCGCGCGGGCGCCGGACGGCCACCGAGCCGCCCCCUCCCCGGGGGCGCAACACACGCGCCGCCGCGGAGCCCGGCCACACCGCGCCCCUCCCCGCGCCGGGACCCUUCCCGCGGAGCGGGGCGGGCGCGCCCCUACCUGGCCGAGGCGGGCGCCUGUCACCGAGGGCCGCUGCGCGCGGGCUCGUCCCCCCCCACCGCCCCCAGCGCGCCAGCCGGCGGCUUUUAA